AUGUCAAAGGGAAAUGUUAGUGAGCUUACAUCACUUCUACGAGAGGAAUCUACAAGUGACUUUUCGGAUGAGCCUGAUCUGAUAGAGGAGGAAUAUAACAGGCAUAAUCUGUCGCUGCCGAAACUUCCCAUUUUGAUUUCAUUGUGGUUAGGAAGUUUUCUGGUGGCACUGGAUGGUACUAUAGUAGCAAAUAUCAUGAAUAGAAUAGCGGAGGAAUUCGAGGAGUCUGAUAAGAAGCAAUGGAUUGCCACAAGUUUUCUCUUAACAAACACCGCUUUUCAGCCACUAUAUGGCAAGCUUUCAGACAUAACAGGAAGGCGAUUUGCAUUAUUUACAGCUCAAUUUUUUUUCGGAAUAGGUUGUCUUUUGACUUGCUUCGCACGUAAUGUAACUGAAUUUUCCAUUGCCAGGGCUGUAUGCGGUAUAGGUGGCGGAGGGAUUAGCGCCAUGAGUAGCAUCACGGUGAGCGAUAUUUGCACGGCAAAAGAAAGAGGAAUUUAUCAAGGAUACGCUAAUGUUGUCUUUGGAUCAGGGCAACUCUUAGGAGCUCCAUUAGGCGGAUUUGUAAUCAACAAAUUUGGUUGGAGAACGAUUUUUUCUACGCAAGUGCCCAUGGUUGUUCUAUGCAUUAUUUUGGGACAUCGAAAUGUGAAUAUCAAGUUGGCACAUAUACCUCCUGCUAAUGAAAGGUUUACAAGAAAAAACUUGGCUCGUCUGGAUUUCCUGGGUUCGAUCACCUUAGUCUUCUCUAUUAGUGGCAUAUUAUUUCUGUGCUCUAGCAACUUGAACAAAUUAAUGUUAUCUGUUUUCACUGCACUGAGUUUUAUCACCUUCACAUACAAUGAGCUUUUUCUGGCUCCUGAACGCAUCUUACCACUAGAGCUUUUAAAAGGCUCUUUCGGUUUGUCUUCCCUACUCACUGUCUUUUCGUCCUUUGUAAUUUUUGGUGAUGUUUUCAGAUCACCAAUUUACCUGCAACUUGUACAAAAUAUGUCGAUUACAAAGAGUGGAUUAUUUGUGCUGUUUGGUUCAGUGGCUUCUGCUUGCGCUUCUUUAGUGACGGGAUGGAUUUUGAGAAGGACUAGAAUGGACAUGGCCAAAUGCGCGUUUUUAAUAGUCUUCGUCGCCUUCGUUCUACAACUUUUGGGAUUGUCCUGCAACGCACUGCUUCUAUCCCAAUUGGAACCGAAUCAAACUUCCUACUUAGCAUACGAGACAAAGAAGGGCAAUUUAAAAUCAUACGUCCUAAAAUCCGACAGCUUUUGCUGGAAAUUGAUAUACAUCACCUCCAUGGUUUUUAAUUCCUAUGGGUAUGCAAGCCUACUGGUAGCCACCUUAGUGAGUAUUGUUUUCACGGUGGACAAAUCUCAACAGGCAACUGUCACGGGCAUUUUCUAUCUAUGGAGAUCCAUAGGUAAUGUACUUGGGGCAUCUUUGACAUUAUCUUUAUAUGACAAAGCAUUAUCAGACAAACUGUGGAAAUUCAUGUCGACAAAUGGGCUAAAAGAUGCGUAUAAACCUUUGAUCCGUGACUCUAGUUACUUGAGGCAUGCAUUUUCUGGCAAGGAAUUGGCGGAGCUUCUGGAUAUUUAUAACACCGCUUUCAUUAUAUCAUAUCUACCGAAUAUCUCGAUUGCAGUCGUUGCCGUCGGAGUAGCACUAGUACUCAUAAGGGUGUACAGGCCCAAAGAAGUAUCUUAA